GCUUCAGUGGGAUUAACGCCCCGCCUGCCCGCUUAAGCUACAUGUACCUAAAUACCUAGACGUGGGCUGCUGGAACCACUUGGCCCACCGCCACGACCUCAGCAAUACGCGGCAACGGGGGAUGUCGCCUUGUACCUUAGGUAAUAACACCUUCUCUUUGUUCCUCGAGGAUAACGCAGUGACCGACUUCCCGACCUUAUGCCAAACAACCUCGUGAUUUUUAUUUUAAUCCAACCUUUUUAAACCUUCCUCCAACUAGGUAAAGAAAGAAACUCUCCGAUUAAUCCGAUAUUCUCCUGCGAACCAGAACUAUCAUCACUCUUUUUUUUUACUGUUACUCUUCCUUACAUCAAUCAAAAUGGUGUUUCUCAACUUGCUGACAUUUGGCCUCUGGGGAAAGCUUGGACGACUUACUCACUACGCCGUGGAUGCGGUUCUCAUCUCGACUAUCCUUGCUGGUAUGAGGCGGUCGACCGGAUUAACUUUCAACACCGAGCGCGUAUCCGUCGGCGAGACGAAGGAGGCCAACAAGUGGAUAGAAAAGUACCUGGGCGUCGGCGAAUGGGUCAUGGACCAGUCCGUCGCGAUAGCCGGGUCCAGCGGCUGGUUCCGUCGGACCCGAUGAGCGGGCAGACAAUAAUAACAAGAAAAAUUCGAACGAAGAAAAAAAAAAGCGACAACGAGAAAGACAGAGGGCGCUUGUUGAUUGGGACCGGGACUGGGACGUGCUACUUGCGAUACCCAUGUAUUCAUGUUAAUGAAUAUCAUCAUGGAGGAGCUUUCGCUUGGCCCCUCGUCCUUCCGCUUUCGCCUUCGCAAAUACUCGAUUGGAUUUUUCUGCCCUCUCUCUCUCUCUCUUACACCCCCCCUCCCCUUUCACGAACAGGCG